UCUCGCCGAUAUCGUACAAAAUGGAUCGUUGGAUAGGCAAGGUAGCGAUCGUAACUGGGGCUAGCUCAGGCAUAGGAGCCGCCACCGUAAAGGCUCUUGCACGUGCCGGCAUGAUUGUCGCAGGUCUUGCCCGGCGUGCUGAGCGUGUAGAGGAGUUAAAAGCAACUCUUCCACCAAACAUUGCGAGUCGUGUACAUGCGUUCCGUUGUGAUGUGACUAGCGAAGAAUCGAUCGUGAAUGCAUUCGGUGCGAUCGAACGUCAACUAGGCGGAAUCGAUGUGUUGAUCAACAAUGCCGGUGUGUCGAAGCUUACCUGCACGCUGCUAACUCCCGGCAAUGCGGAGGAUCUGCGCACGGUGCUGGACACGAACGUGAUGGGGCUCGUGCUUUGCAGCCGGGAAGCGUUCCAAUCGAUGAAACGUCGCCAGGUCGCCGGACACAUAGUGAACGUUAACAGCAUCCUGGGCCACAAGUACGUUCCGUUUCCGAACCUAAACAUCUACAUGGCAUCCAAGUAUGCCGUGACGGCGAUAACGGAAACGUUGCGAAAUGAUCUGCGCAACGAAGGAACUAAGGUGAAGGUUACGAGCAUCAGCCCCGGUGUUGUGCGGACGGAGAUGGUCCCGGAGGGUAAACAGUUUCAAGAUACGCCCAUGCUCGAAGCAGAAGACAUUGCAGGUGCGAUUCUGUACGCGCUCGGCACUCCUCCCCAUGUGCAGGUGCACGAGGUUAUCAUUAAGCCGGUGGGUGAGAUGGCGUAG